GUGGCUCUGAUGCUUAAGAUGAGCGAAGCUCCCUUAAGCCCAAAUGUGAUCAGAAUGUUUGAAUGGUUCGAAGACCCCAAGGAUGUAAUAGUGAUUAUGGAGUACCCUGAGCCCUGCCUAAGCUUAUGGAGAUAUCUCUCAGAACCACUGAGUGAAAACACAGCACGCGUUUUAAUGCGUCAGGCAGUACAGGGAGUGAUCGACUGCAUUGACCACGGCGUGUUUCACACUGACAUCCAUCCGGGCAACAUUCUGGUCAACACGAGCACACUGGAGCUCAAGUUGAUUGACUUUGGUUGUGGUCAGCUGUUGACUACUGCUGGCUACAAUAUAAGUCAGUAUAGAGGAGUACCAGACUACUGCCCACCUGAGGUCUUUAACAAGCGCAGGUAUCAGGCCAUCCCUGUAAACGUCUGGAGUCUAGGUUUGGUUCUGUAUAAAAUGGUCAACGGGCGUAUAAAUAUGCCUUUUGAAAACUCAAAGAAAGUCCAGUUUGUGAAUCCCGACUUAUCGGAAGGGCUAAACAUAAAUGUGCUGGACAUUACACAGGACUGAGUUGACCAGACCAGAC